GUGGUCAGUAUGAGUAUAUUUUGGUGGAAAAGCGAGGUCAGAGGAGCAACGUGGGUUUCAUUCAGCUGAACCGACCCAAAGCUCUCAACGCCCUCUGUGACGAUCUGAUGAAGGAAGUGGGACAGGCGCUGGACUCCUUCGAAGCUGAUGCAGACGUCGGCGCCAUCGUCAUCACCGGCAGCGAGAGAGCUUUUGCGGCUGGAGCAGACAUUAAAGAAAUGCAAAAUCGAACCUUUCAAGAAUGUUAUGGGGGAAACUUUCUGUCUCAUUGGAACCGAGUUUCCACAGUGAAGAAGCCCGUAAUCGCAGCUGUUAAUGGAUUUGCUCUGGGUGGAGGCUGUGAGCUUGCCAUGAUGUGUGACAUCAUCUACGCUGGGGAGAAGGCGCAGUUUGGCCAACCAGAAAUCCUCCUGGGGACGAUUCCUGGAGCGGGCGGCACCCAGCGUCUGACUCGAGCGGUCGGCAAAUCCCUUGCGAUGGAAAUGGUCCUAACAGGAGACAAGAUUAAUGCUGAGGAAGCCAAGCAAUCGGGUUUGGUGAGUAAAAUUUAUCCCGUGGAGCAGCUGGUGUCUGAAGCGGUAAAAUGUGGGGAGAAAAUUGCGGCCAAUUCGAAGCUUGUCACCGCCAUGGCUAAAGAGGCUGUCAGUGGAGCUUUUGAACUGACUUUGGCAGAGGGGAACCGCCUGGAGAAACGUUUGUUCCACUCGACUUUUGCGACUGAGGAUCGUAAAGAAGGCAUGACUGCCUUUGUCGAAAAAAGAAAAGCCAAUUUCCGGGACAACUAGAUUAUGAACUCACCAAUCAAAAAUGUGGGUCACUUCCUGAUUGGGGAUACAUUGUAUAAUAUAUGAUGUAAAAAAUCCUGAGUUUAGUGCAGCAAACAGGCUGUAAAUAUCACACUUAAGCGUCCCAGUAAAGCCUGGCAUGUUGGAGUGUACUAAUAAAAUCAAAAGUUGCCUGGGUGCAGGAGGUUUGAGCAUACAUGUGAUCUGUGUGGCAGGAGGAUGUGUGAAACUGCCUUUUUUUUGUUGUAGCAACUAAUUUUAGAAUAAAAUC